AUGACGGCCAAGCUAUCCUUCCAGCCUACAUCACCACGGUCGGUAUUGAAUGUUUACAACUUCCUUGUAUCGAAGGACGCUUCUCCUUUGUGGUUCAUCAACCCGAAGGGGGUAUCGGAGAAGCCCUCCCCUGAGACAUACUGUCUAUCCGAGGGGGGCUACCAGAGCCAGCGAAUGGUGCUGCUCCGAACCGAAUCGAUAAUUUUGCGCACACUGGGCUUCAAUACCCAUGUUGCCCUGCCCCAUACGAUCGCGUUAACCUACCUUCAGACCCUUGGUGUAUCGUCUUCUGCUGUUGCGCAAAGGGUGUUUGAGCAUCUGAACGCAGCUCUUCUAUCACCACAGCUGCUAUAUGUGACACACCAACCCAACGCCCUUGCUGUUUCUUCUAUAUACCUGGCAGCACGAGAAGUCGGGGUAAAGUUGGUUGAUGGCGAGUGGUGGGAAGUCUUUGAUGUGGAUCGGGAAGAACUCGGGUUCCUAGUGGUAGGCAUGAGAAGUAUGGAGGGCUUUGCGCGGGCGGAAAUAGAGAAAUGGAAGGGCCGAGCGAUACCUAUAGUUGUGGACGAAGUUGAGGCAGAGAUUGAGAGGCGCAGAAUGAUGGCAGAAGGCGAGUGA